AGGAGCAGACAAAUGGUAACCCAAACUCCAAAGAGACAGGGAGCCCCCAUUUUUUAUAUUUGAAAAAAAGAAAAGAAAAGAAAAUUAAACGGAAAGAAGCGGGAUUAGGGUUUUGCAGAGAAGAAGUCUCUGGAGAGAGAGAGAGAGAGAGUUAGGUAAAUAUCUGUAUAUCUUAUAUAUAUAAACAUAAAAUCUGUAUCAGCAACAAAGAGGAAAGUAAAAGAAACGAAAGGAAAAGGCUGAAGAGAGAGAGAGAGAGAGAGAGAGAGAGAGAGAGAGAGAUCAUGAAUGUGGUGAAGAGGCAACGAUGUUAUUUGGAUAUAAGCAUAGGUGACGAGCUUGAAGGAAGGAUAAUAGUGGAACUGUUCAAUGAUGUAGUGCCCAAAACUGCCGAGAAUUUCAGGGCUCUUUGCACUGGUGAAAAGGGCAUUGGCCCUAACACCGGCGUGCCUCUUCACUACAAGGGAGUUCGUUUCCAUCGAGUUAUCAAAGGAUUUAUGCUACAAGGUGGCGAUAUAUCUGCUGGUGAUGGUACCGGAGGAGAGUCAAUUUAUGGUUUGAAAUUCGAAGAUGAAAAUUUUGAAUUGAAACAUGAAAGGAAAGGAAUGUUAUCUAUGGCAAACUCUGGUCCUAACACAAACGGGUCUCAGUUCUUCAUCACUACAACUCGCACUUCUCAUUUAGACGGUAAACAUGUUUUAUUUGGUAAGGUGGUCAAAGGAAUGGGAGUAGUUCGUUCAAUUGAGCAUGUAUCAACCGGUGAAGCUGAUUGCCCCACUGUCCACGUCACAAUCACUGGUUGUGGAGAAAUCCCAGAGGGGGCCGAUGAUGGGAUAUCCAAUUUUUUCAACGAUGGUGAUUCUUAUGCUGAUUGGCCAGCUGACCUUGAUGAGAGUCCUAACGAGCUCUCUUGGUGGAUGACUGCUGUAGAUUCUACUAAGGCUUUCGGAAAUGAACAUUAUAAGAAACAAGACUAUAAGAUGGCUCUCAGAAAGUACAGGAAGGCUCUACGCUAUUUAGAUAUCUGCUGGGAAAAAGAGGGGAUUGAUGAAGAGAAGAGUUCAAGUUUGAGAAAGACAAAAUCCCAGAUAUUCACAAAUAGUUCUGCCUGUAAACUAAAACUAGGGGAUCUGAAAGGAGCACUAUUGGACACCGAAUUUGCAAUGCGUGAUGAAGAAAACAAUGUGAAAGCGCUGUUCCGUCAAGGUCAGGCACACAUGGCACUUAAUGAUGUUGAUGCGGCUGCUGAAAGCUUCAAGAAAGCUUUGCAAUUGGAGCCAAAUGAUGGUGGGAUAAAGAAAGAGCUUGUUACUGCUACGAAAAAGAUCAACGAUCGACGCAAUGAGGAGAGAAGAAGAUACCGCAAGAUGUUCCAACCAAACCCAACUGGUGCAGACGAGCAAUAGUGUUUUGAGAGCUUUGAUGAUCUUUUGCAGUUGCAUAUAGUUAGUUUCAUCUGGUUUAGGCUUUCUUCAUCAGGAUCUCUUAUGUUUCGGAGAAAACACUAGGGUUCGGUUCGGGUAUUCAGCUUCUGCUUUCCGGUGCAACUGUUCGAUAAAACUGAUUAGAAACGAAUACAUAUUGUGUUAGUUCGUUUAGGAAACGAUGAAAUCCUUGAAAAUAGAACUUGUCAUGUUGUUUUUAUCAGGUUUCAGUGGAAGGAGAGAAAACAUUUCUAAGCAGAAUUCAACUGUGCAAAUAUGAGGCUUGAACCAAUUGUUGUUAGACUAAAGAUUUGAUAAUUUUUAAAA